UUUUUUUUUUUUAAAGCUUUAUUUAUUUUAUGUAUGUGAUUACACUGUUACUGUCUUCAGACAAACGAGAAGAGGGCAUCAGAUCCCAUUACCCAUUACAGAUGGUUGUGAGCCACCAUGUGGUUGCUGGGAAUUGAAUUCAUAACCUCUGAAAGAGCAGUCAGUGCUCUUAACCACUGAGCCUUCUGACCCUUUCCACCCUAAUCCCUUCUAACUCUCCAACACUAGGUAGGAGAGAAAGGUUGGAGGGGAAAGAGGGUGGAGACAUCUUUGGACUACUUCCUACUGAUUAGGGGCAUUGAGCUCCUUGGGACAAGAUAUCCAAUUUAGUUUUCUUGACUCUUUGCUUAGGACCACUUAAUAAACUGCACCAGGAGGACCAGGAACAGGACCCUCCCCGGAGUCAACCCUCAGAUGUGGGACCCUGUAGUUUAUACCCUCUGAAAAGUUCCCAGAAUUCCAAAUGUCACACAUUCAAAGAAACUAACUGCAGUUGGCAAAACCCCAUCCCUGCUAGAGCAAUCCUGGGCAAAUCCUAGUAACCUGCUGUGAAGCAGUUUCUAAUCCCACACCUAGGAUUAAAGCAAAAACAUCGCUACAGAACAACUGGCUUUUUAAAGAAACCAAAAUUCUCACUACACAAGGACAGGAAAGUAAGACAGACCAGUUGUGAGCAGGAAGAGAUCAGCCAGUGUGAGGGAUGAGAAGGCAAGGGGGUGACAGGACCUAAACACUGUGUCCCUGCACAAAAAUGCCAAAAUGCCAUUCUGUGUAAUGUGUGUUAACAAAAUGUUUAUUAGAGAGGCUGGGUAGAUAGUGCAAGUUCAGCCUGCAGAACUCACAUGUGAACUUUGCAGCAGAGAGUGGAGACAAGUAGAACUCUGGGGUUUAUUUGGGCAGCCAUCCUAGGCUACUGAGAGUUCCACGUCCCAGAAAGAGAGUCAGUCUCAAAGAACAAAGUAGGUGGUGGGACACACCUUAAUUCACUGCACUAGGAAGGCAGGAGGGCUUGUACUUGAUGUGUAGCUGAGAGUGGCCUUGAACUCCCAAUCUUCCAGUCCCAUUGUCUUCAGUGCUGGGAUUACAGGUAUACCACCAUGCCAGGCUUAUCAGCCCCCUUUCAACUCCAUGUUUGCUAUUCUACCUGCCUAAUGCUUGGGGAAUCUCAGAACCAGCACGUGCUAAAGAAGAGUUCAUGUUUUUCUCUCUAUCUUAGCCAGCAACUCUUCCUGGACUCCUGUUUGUUUUUUUUAUUAUUGUCAUGGUUUUUGUGUGUAUUUUUUGAGGCAGGGUCUCACACUGUAGCACUGGGUGUCCUGAAACUUGCUCUGUGGCUGGGCCUGAAACUCAAGAGGUCCAACUGCUUUUCCUCCCAAGUGUGCCACUAUCCCUGGCCUUCCUGUUUGCUUUAAAGACAUAGUCUUAUCCUUUUUCUGGGGCUGGCCUGGAACUGGAACUAUGUAACCAAGGCUGGCCUCAAGCUUAUGGCAAUCCUCCUGCCUCAGCCUCUCAGUGCUGGGAUUAUAAGUGUGAGUUACCAUAUUCAGCUCUGUAUUUCUUUUAUGUUACUGGUACUGUUGCUCAUUCCUUUGACAGGGUGGGAAGGUGGGAAGUCAAGUUUUAUUUCACAUGGCUGGUCAGCUACAAAGUCCUGUGGCCUCUCCGUGAUGCUAUUCUUGUCUGUCCUUUCCUCUCUGUCCAGAGGCUAGUAUCGAUUACUUUUGCUUAUAUUUUGUAAUAUGAUAAUUUACCAUUCUUGUUCAUUACUGCUAUGCAAUGUUUUCUUUCUCCUGUUGGCAUAUUUUUUGUCUAUUUUACUGGGUUUUUAUAUCUCUACCUCCCCUUCCAACCCCCCCCCCCCCAACACUAGGUAGGAGAGAAAGAAGGGGAAAGGGAAUAUAGACCUCUAAAGGCUACUUCCUGCUCACUGGGGGCAUCGGGGUCCUUGGGGCAAGUCUAAUCUUUGUCGUCAGGGUAUCUCUAACUUCUUGUCUCUUUGCUUAUGGCCAUUUGACAAACUGCAACAAAAGCAACCAGGAGCAGCAGCCUUCUUCUUUGGAGUGCCCCUGUUCCCCUCUGGGCUCUGGCAUUUAUUUAUCUCCUCUCCAGAGUCUCCAGAAAUCCAAACAUAAACUAUCCGCAGCUGGCAAGACCACAGCCCUGCUAGUGCACAAGGUAAAUCCUAGUCACCUGCUUCGAAGCCGCCUCUUAUCCCACGCCUGGGAUUAAAACGCAAACACAUUCACAGACCAUAGCUGGGUUUUUGAAGAAACCAAAACUCUCACCACCAGCUCCUUUCUUUUUGUGUUUGUGUUUCGAGGUAGGGUAUUUUUAGUCCAGGAUGGCCUGGAACUUGUGGCAAUCCUUGUCUCUGCUUCCACAGUGCUGGAAUUACAGGCGUGAACCACCGCUUCAGUAAGUACGGAAUACUUUUCUUAAGUACAAUUAUGACGAUGUCACCUUCCACUCAGAAUCAUCAAAACAGCUUGCCCAGAUAGGACUAUAACUCAGUGGCAAAACACACGGUGGAAGCUGUGGGGGUCAGUCUCCAGCGUUUGGACAAAACAAUUCCUGUCCGUUCACAGACUAAGAUGCAAACCUCUGGGCGUGUGACCUCAGGCCUUGAUCCCAACCUUUUGAUUUCACACUCAUUUUGAGGCCCUUUUUCUGCAUGGCUCAGCAGCAAGCUGAUAUUGAGUAUAAGAUGUUGAAAAUCCAUAAGGAAGCAGACUAGGCGUGGCCAUUGCAAGUGAAGCAAUCCCCAUGGAGGAUUAUUUAUUUCUAACUCAUCAAUGUCAAUUUGCCCUUACACACCUCAGGUGCACCUUGCACUCCAAGUGAGGCAAGCCACUAUGUCUCCUUUUUCCCUCGAGUGAGGGUUUCCCUUAACUAGCUGAGAUUGACCACUUUUUCUUUUUUCUUUCUUUCCUUUUUUUUUUUUUUGAGAUGGGGGUUUCACAAUGUAGCCCUGGCUGACCUGGAAUUUGCUUUGUAGAUGGGACUUGAUCCAAACUCGAUCCUUGCGCCUCUACCUCACUAGUGUUGGAAUUAAACACACUCACCUAUGCUUGAAGCAAAACCAGAGAUUUUAAACAAAAGUCCUAUCUACGAUAGGCCAAAGAGAUAAAAUAUGGCUGGAGGGGAGAAGAAAAUGCUUAAAGUAUGGAAGCAAGGGAGAUGAUGAUGCGUGAAAACUCGAGCUUUCCCUUCUUGUCCUUGUCAAUUCUUUAAAUUGGAUGAGAAAAAUGUGCUAGAAUGCACAGGGCCGGUUGAUCUUCAACGAGGAAGGCCUGCCGUAGCAAGAACCCAUCAAGCCUGUCGCUCUGUCCCCCACAGGCCAGCCCGCGGUCGCCCCGCACGGGCUUCUGGCUAACUCCCCUCCCGCAGUCUAGGCCGACCUCGCCUCCAGCCGCUCCAGGGGCCGUUCUCCGUCGCAGUCGCAGUUCCCGCCUCGCCACAGGGCCGCCCGCUGUGCCGACGGAGGAGGGGCGUCUGUCGCGCUGGUUCCAGCCUUUUCUGGCGCCGAACUCCGGGAUCCGCCCCCCCCCCCCCCCGCGCCAGUUGCCAGGGAGCGGUUGCCAUAGAGCUGAGCAGUUGUCCGCGUGCGCAGGCGGAAGUCCCGGAUUGAGGCGCCGCCAUUUUUCCUGCUCGGACGCGGAGCGAGAAGCUGAGAGAGUCGGAGACGCUAUCCGCUUCCAUCCGUCGCGCAGACCCUGCCGGAGCCGCUGCCGCAAUGGAUGAUCGGGAGGAUCUGGUGUACCAGGCGAAGCUGGCAGAGCAGGCCGAGCGAUACGACGAAAUGGUGGAAUCAAUGAAGAAAGUAGCAGGGAUGGACGUGGAGCUGACAGUUGAAGAACGAAACCUUUUAUCUGUUGCAUAUAAAAAUGUGAUUGGAGCCAGAAGAGCAUCCUGGAGAAUAAUCAGCAGCAUUGAACAGAAGGAAGAAAACAAGGGAGGAGAGGACAAAUUAAAGAUGAUUCGGGAGUACCGGCAAAUGGUUGAAACUGAGCUCAAGUUAAUCUGUUGUGACAUUCUGGAUGUACUGGACAAACACCUCAUUCCAGCAGCUAACACUGGCGAGUCCAAGGUUUUCUAUUAUAAAAUGAAAGGGGACUACCACAGGUAUCUGGCUGAGUUUGCCACAGGAAAUGACAGGAAGGAGGCAGCAGAGAACAGCCUCGUGGCUUACAAAGCUGCUAGUGACAUUGCGAUGACAGAACUUCCUCCAACGCACCCCAUUCGUUUAGGUCUUGCUCUCAACUUUUCCGUAUUCUACUAUGAAAUUCUUAAUUCCCCCGACCGUGCCUGCAGGUUGGCAAAAGCAGCUUUUGAUGACGCAAUUGCAGAACUGGACACGCUGAGUGAAGAAAGCUAUAAGGACUCUACGCUCAUCAUGCAGCUGCUACGUGAUAACCUGACGCUGUGGACCUCAGACAUGCAGGGUGAUGAUUCCUAAAGGAAAACCCAACUCUUCCUUCCCUUAAAACUACGUUGUGAAGAGCAGAAUAAAGAAGCGCUGCAGGAUGUGGAAGAUGAGAAUCAGUGAGACGAAAUAAAAGCCAACAAGAGAAACCAUCUCUGACUACCCCUUCCCCCCCUCCCCUUGGAAGUUCCCCAUUGUCACUGAGAACCACCAAAUUUGACUUUCACAUUUGGUCUCAGAAUUUAGGUUCCUGCCCUGUUGUUUUUCUUUCUUUUUCUUUUUUUUUUUUCUCCCCUCCCCUUUUUUAAAACAAACAAACAAACAAACAGUUUUCAGAAGUUCUUAAGGCAAGAGUGAAUUUCUGUGGAUUUUACUGGUCCCAGCUUUAGGUUCUUUACGACACUAACAGGACUGCAUAGAGGCUUUUUCAGCAUUACUGUAUUGUCUCCGGCCACACUGGCAAGAUCAUCAUUAGAAAUGGAAAUGACAUUUGAAAGCCAUUAGACUUCUAGGUGAUGCAUCUAAGAAAGAUUAAUCACACAAUAGAGGCAUAUGCGCUGUCAUUUUUCCUUUUUUUAAUUGUUAAAUUGAAUUUUAUACCAAUGUUUAAACUUAAAUUGGGUGUUAGCUUGAGGUGUUUUGGGGGAGUUUGUUGUAAUGGUUUUGCUGUAAACUGUGUUUGGAACUCUGCUGAAGUGUUGCUGAAAAGCAUGGUGCUGGUAACAGUUCAACAAUCCGUGGCUGCUCAUUCUUGCCGACUCCUCCCCCUCUGAAGCAGGUUAGCAUUGAAGGUGGUAUGGAAGCCUGCAUGCGUGUUCAACUCUGUUCCUCCUCCCUCCUCCUCGGCCUCCCUCCUCCCCUCCUUCGCUCGCUCAACCUCUUUUGUUCAGUACGUGUAACUUGAAGCUAAUUUGUACUACUGGAUAUCUGACUGGAGCCGCAGGUACAGAUCUGUAUUGUUCUUACUGAAACACAGCAUGGAAUUAACAUUAAACUUAAAUAAAACAAACCUAAAUUAAAAAUGCCAAAUAUAUCAUGCCUCCAUCCUUUAUACUUCUAAAAUAAAAUCUCUAGUCCAGACAUAUUUGACAGUAUUGUUUGUCUGAAUGUGAAAUAUCCCCCAUUUUAUCCCAUAAAUCAUUUGUUUUCCAAUGAUGUGUAUUUGGGGGGAAGGGAGGAUUGCUUGUAAUCUGGUGUUGAACAACUAAGUCAGUAAUUGUCCUGUCUUUCAAACCAGUUAGCAACACAAUAUUUAUGUUUAAAUUUAUCAUUAAAGUACAACAGUCAUUUAA